AUGCUGCUUGCCGUUUGCUCUUUCUAUAUGAGAAAUGGGAUUUGCGGGUGUAGCGCUGACGCUUCAAACACUGUACGAGCAGCACAUGUGGAGACCCAGCUUUCAAGUGCCUCGGAGGACAGUUCCUAUUCAACAACAGUCAGUCAGGGCUAUGUUUUACCAGAAGGAAAAAUCAUGCCAAACACGAUCUUUGUUGGUGGAAUUGACGUAAAGAUGAAAGAAUCAGAAAUUCGGAGUGUCUUUGAACCGUAUGGUCCUGUGAAGGAGGUGAAGGUCAUUACUGACAGAAGUGGUGUUUCGAAGGGGUAUGGGUUUGUGUCUUUCCUGGACAAUGUGGAUGUUCAAAAGAUAGUUGAGGCACAAAUCAACUUCCAUGGUAAAAAGCUGAAACUGGGGCCAGCAAUCAGGAAACAACAAAACUUAAAUUCCUGUGUGCAUCCUAGACAAUUAGUUCUUAGUCCUCCUGCUGCACCCCAGUUCCAGAGUGUAUGGAAUAGUCAGAGUGUGGAGACGUAUGUGCAGCCUCCAGCUGUCAUGAACCCAGUAACACCCUAUGUUCAGCCCUAUCCAUACAAUUCAUCGCCACCUGUACUGGUAAAGCAGCAAGUUCCCAUAGGGUAUCAACCGGCUUACAACUAUCAGGCUCAACCACAGUAUGUUGCUGGGGAGCCAAGGAAUUAUGUAAUGCCUCCAGCUCCGGUAAGACUUUUGAAACUCUUCUUAGUGUAUACUCCAGUGAACUAUCAUGGCACUGAGGAUCCAGGAUUUCUACCGUUGGAAUGUGCUGUUCCAGAGCCCACACAGUUGCCUAACAGCCCACAAAAGAAGUCUGUGGACAGGGGUAUGCAAACAGUAUUAUCCUGUCUGUCUAAUCCUGAGAACCAGCUGACAAAUGACCUUGUAGUACAAGACAACGCAAAGGAGAGUAAGACAUACCACUACAGAAAAGGAAAGGCAGUACACAAAACCGUUUGA